CUCUUUCGAUGUCUUUGUGCUAUUUUUUUUCCAUUCUUUUCAAUCAGUUAUGGGUAUUCUAUUGAGAUGGUUGGAAUGAUUAAUGGUAUAAAGAGUCCUGUGCCUUUUUCUGCGUAGAUAAUUUAGUUUAAAGGUAUAUCUCUUAUUGAUUUGGAAAAGAAUUGUCUUUUUUCAGUUCUUUGAACUUUGUAUGUGUCGGAGGACUCACGACUACGAAAUGGCUAUUUAAAGUUACUGAAUGCGGGGUUUUUUCUAUUUUUGUUCAUAUUUUAUUUGAAUUGCUGUUGAAGAAAGAUCUAUGCCCCAAAUUUAUAAUGUGAUUUUACUACAAAGCCUUGAAUCUAUUCCAGGAAAUGGUCUCUUGGGAGAACUGAUACCAAUGCUUUUGUCGGCAAAGUUCCCUUGCCACAACAACAGGCUUGUUGCACUUGCCUACUUGGAAAUAGUAACAAGAAUCUACAAGAUACAGUUGCUCAAUUCACAACAAUAUGUGCUUCUUCCAAGGAGCUUUCUGAUUUUUGAGGUGCAUACAUGAUUUGAGCAUGUGCUUCGGCAAAGUUUUGUCGGCGACUGGCUUAUUAAUUGGAAUGAAAGAUGUACCACUUGAGAAGCAAUCUUAUUUUCUGUCCUCCUUGCUUACUCCUCUUUGUCAGCAGGUAAAUUGAAUAUUCUUUUGAUGUUCUGAUUAGCUGGAUGUAUAUGCACUCAAAUGGAACCUAUGGUGUUCAUAUUGUAUGGUUGCAUGUAAUGCAAGUAUUUCUAGACACAUACUUUAUAUUAAUUAAAUGAACUAACUGUAGAUACUUUUAACAGGUUGAGGCUCUUAUAUGCCAAAGCUCAGAAUUUUCAGAACCUAA